AUGAAUGAUCAGAAAAUUAAAAUUGAGCCACCAGAAUAUUCAAUGGAAGACAUUAAACUUAAAAAUGAAUUUGAUGAUCUUACAGGUAUUGUUAAGUCUGAAUCAUAUUUAGAAGAUGAUAAAACUUGUCUGGAAAGAUUUAUGAACUCCGCAGUAAUUAUUGAAGAAGAAGUCAAACAGGAGUUAAUCGAGACAUCUGCUCAUGCAUGUGACAUAAGUAAUAGAUCAUUUGAAAAAUCGCACACUGUUGACCACAUACCUAGAAAUGGCAAAAAAGGCAACAAUAAAAGCAAUGUAUGUGAUAAGACAUUUCAAUAUUCAUUACGAUUGCAACGUCACAUAAUUACUCAUAACACAGAACGCCCUAUCGAAUGCAAAAUCUGUCAUAAGCCGUUCAAUGAAAAAAGCACCUUGGCAAAACAUAUGACCAUUCAUACAGGAGAACGCUCUUUCAAAUGUAAGAUAUGCAAUCAGACAUUCAGACAAAAAGCUAAUAUGAAAUUACACAUGAUCACUCAUACCAAAGAGCAUUGUUUCAAAUGCGAUAUAUGCAAUCAGACAUUCGCACAAAAAUAUUGUUUAAGAAGGCACAUGAUCACUCAUACCAAAGAGCAUCCUUUCAAAUGUGAAAUAUGCAAUCAUACAUGCAAACGAAAAUAUAAUUUGAAAAACCACAUGAUCACUCACACCAAGGAGCGUCGUUUCAAAUGUGAAAUAUGCAAGAAAACAUUCUUACAUUCGGGUGACUUAAAUAGGCACAUGUGUAUUCAUACAGGAGAACGCCGUUUCAAAUGUGAUAUAUGCAAUCAGACAUUCAGACAAAAAGCUAAUUUGAAAUCACACAUGACCACUCACACCAAAGAGCGUCCUUUCAAAUGUGAUACAUGCAAUAAGGAAUUUUCACAAUCGAACAACUUGAAGAGACACAAGGUGACUGUUCAUAGAGAAAAACAUGAUGAAGAUCAAUGA